AUUCAUCUUUGAUUACGGGCUAUGGCAGCGAAUCUGAAGAACAAUAAUCUUUUCUUAAACACUUUAUUUACUCAUUUCUAGAGAUGCAGAUUAAUUUGCGCUGAAAAUAUUACAUACCAAUUAAAUGCCGCUUUGCGGAAUUUUUCUUGACAGUUCAACCUAACUAUGCUCGUUCUCGUCUCCACUGUGUAUGAGUAAACAACUUCAAAUGCGAUAUUGUCCAUGCAAAAGCAAAGGGUUUGCGAACAUAACAAACAGUGUGACGAAAGUGGAAAUUGGAGACAUGAGACGGCAUACAUAUACACUCAAACCAGUGUACCAACGGCUAUGUGUUCAAUACACAAACAAGCGUGCAGCUCCUUCUGCUGCCAGUGCUGACUCGCAGUCUUUUUUCCGAUUUUAUGUUCUCUGAAAUGAUUUCGACGACAAACUGUGUGUUGUGCUAAUGCUCUCUGCUCAUAUGAUAUUUUCUAUUCGUCAGUGCAUUAAGUGUGCAGUUUAUUUGCCUCUCUUCGGAAAUCGUAGAACAGUGAGAAAGUUCCUCUAGAGCCGGGUAUAUGAACAAAAGUCGGCUUGGUGCUUAUUUUGACAUCAUCGUAAGCAACGCAUUGAUGAUAGCAAACCUCUUUUUUGGUUACGUUGUUUUGGUUCACUUUGGAUUGUGGCGCACUACGCUCAGAUAUUGUGAUCUGCCAAACCCUGUGUCAUACAGAACGCAUUUUGUUGCUGCCAGUGGAGCAUCGACUUGGAAAUCAUUUGUAUCGCACAAUUCGCCGAAAAUCCAUCUUUUUCUACGAAUUUUGAUUGAGAACUGAACAUGGCGUUGGCAAUUUCAGAAAUCAAUUUUCCUUUGACAAUUCCAAACAUCAGCAAUUUGGACAGAAUUCAAUCGUCUGAAAUAGUGAUUCUUGGCAUUCCAUGGCAAGUUGAAAUUUUUAAGGAAGAUACUUGCAUGGGCGUUUCAUUUCGUUGCGCAAAAAAAGACAAUUCUUCACAGUGGUCUUAUGCAGCAGAAACCUCCGUCAAAUUGUUGUCAUUUGAUCGUAAUCAAAGUGCUUUUGAAAAGCAAUACGACCCAUAUAUUUUUUGCAACGUGAAACCAGCUCGAAUUGACAAAUAUUUCAUUAGUUGGGCCAACUUGUUCGAAGCCAACAACAAAUCCGUGAAGAACGACACGAUUCAAUUGGAAUUCAAAAUUAAGGUUGCCGAUCCAAAUGACGUAAAGAAAAGUAUCAUGAUAUUUAAACCACUGUACAAAUGCUGUGAAGACAGCGUGGUUUCCGUAUUUAAACUGACAGUCACGAAUAUCGAUGCGUUGAUGGCAGUGCGAACACCAUCGUUUAUUAUGCGAAAUAAUCCUUGGGCUUUGAUUGUUUACAAGGGAUGGUCAAAUUCUUUAUUUGCUGGACUGUUAACCGGAAAUGAUUUUAUUUCCUGCAAUGUGCGAGUCUUAUUUAAAUUGAUGUCAUCAAAGGCAAACGUGGGAUCAAAAGAAGUAAUUCUGACCGAAUCUAUGUUCACGGAUAAUUCUCCGGCAAUGCGUGGUCUAGUAUCAUGGAAAGAUCUGUUCGACGCACAAAACGGUUUUGUCAACAAUAACUCGGUUGUGAUUGAGGUUGAAAUCAUAAUGGGUAAACCGAAAGGAACGGCUUCUCUUGCAAAAAAGCGUCGAGCAGCCAAUCCCCUUGAAACUGGUGCAAAUCUCGUUCGGUUGGAGUGCGCGAUUUGCUUGAACAACAUCAACAAGGACGAUGCUUCAUCAACUAAAUGCGGCCAUAUUUUCUGUACGGCGUGCAUCAAAGGCGUCAUCCAAAAUCGAAAACGCUGCCCUUCAUGCAAUUCGGAGCUCGACUUGGACAAUUUGCACCGGGUCUAUUUACCAGUUGCCAACUAAAUGCGAAGACAAAUCAAACCCAAGUGAUGGAUCAAUUAAGCGACCAGAAUAUCAUCAACUUUUGUCAACAAUCAGAAUGAAAAAAAUUUAUUUCAAAAAUUCAGAAUUCAUACUUACACUCGCUCUUUUUGUCGAUUGAAUAAGCAAAAAAAGAUCUUUCAUUAGAAUCUUUCUGAAAUUGAAUAUCAAUCGGAAUGCAAGAGAUCGAAGGUCUAAAAUUUAAGAUUUCCAAAAAAAAAAAACGAAUGAACAAACAUUUUUCUUUAUGAAAAAACACAAUAAAAUUUAUUGAAUAAAAAUGUCGUUAAAAAAA